AGGUCUUUCGGAUUCUGUCUCAGCAAGUUUUCGCGGAACUUCCUUGCGCGUUCGUCCGCGACUUGGUCUGCGUCGUGCGUUUGCUGUCGUCGCUCCGAAAAGGCAGCCCCGCUGCUCGUUUCUGCAUGUCGCUCUUUUUCCACAUCCCCGGUCGCUGGCGCUGGCGCGUUUUCCUCGCGAACCUUUCGCCUGGUCCUUCUCGGGUCGAUUGGACCCGCAAUUCUGCAAGUUUCGUCCUUUAUGCGACUACAGAUCGUCGCGACAACAGCGCUUUUCUUGGGUCGAGUCCAGGUGUUCGCCGUCCCGUUCGCCGGUGCACCACUCGCCUCUCGGCCUAUUGUGCCUCGCGCGCAGAGUCACUUUUUUGUGUGUGCAUCUCCCGAGUCGAAGAUUUUCCGCCGAAAGAACUCGGAAAACGGCCCACAUUCGCGAAUCUUCACAGCCAGCGAAGUCGCACUCGUCGAGCGGCGCUCCGGUGUCGGUACACCCGCCAAAAGGCCGUCCUUGUCACGAGGUCACCAUGAGGAUUUCUCUGAAGAAGCGCAAUGGGAAGUUCAUCGACGCGUUCGAGCUUCCCGAGGACUGCACAGUGGAAGAAUUCAAGCAACUCUUCUACCAAAAGUUUCACUACUACCCAGAGAGACAGUGGUGGACUGUCGAUACAGCAAAGGGGAUUCCAGUAAAGGCCGAUGGUCCUCUGGAGGCGUACGGUGUCAAGGACGGCACCACUCUCGUCUUCAAAGAUCUAGAGUCGCCUUCUGGCUGACGAUGUUCCACUUCAUGAAGCGGGAGCUGGAGACGCUCUUCGUCCACAGAUUCAGCAGCAGCACGAUGCCGAUUGUGAAUGUUCCCAUCAACUGUGGGCACUACUGGAUUCUCUUUGGUGUCUUCGUUGGAUAUUUUCUCUUCCACCCGAAAUACCAGCCGAUGUGGCGAGACGACCAGCCUCUCGUCAUCUACAGCCUCGCGGCAACCAUGGUGAUCUUUGAGUUGCUGAACUUCAAGACACACUUGAUUCUCCGGAGUCUCAGGGCGCGCGGCACGCGACAGAGGGGGGUCCCGUCAGGCUGGGGUUUUGACCUCGUCAGCUGCGCAAACUACUUCUGGGAAACGCUCUCUUGGGUCACUUUCUCCGUCCUCGUGUCUUGUCUCACCUCAUGGAUCUUCACAGUCGUUGGAUUCCUCAAGAUGACUGAGUGGGCGAUGAAGAAGCAACGCAACUAUCGAUCCGAGUUCAAGGACUAUCCCAGGAAUCGCCGCGCAAUCAUUCCGUUUAUUCUCUGAGCCUUCAACUGUAUGAUCGACGAGCUCCCUUGACUGACGUACUUUUUCCUCUUCGCUGCCCUUUCUCAUUCUCGUGACUUUGGGCUCGCUGCCCGUAGCUUUUUUUUGCAGAAGAGACAGACACCUUCGGAUUCUCUGUGGGAGGUCGGGGCGUCAGGUUCUGCCGUUCGAUCAAACCACUGAAGCACAUAAAAUAUCGUUUCCUGCAGCUGCGCAGUUCCAUACUGGAUCAGAGAACAGGCCCGAGGAUGCUGGUUCCUAGAAAUGGGUCAUCAUAGAGUUGUUGUGGAUGAAAAAAGACAAAAACCUUGCGUGUUUUUUAAGGCUAGGUUCCGGCUCCGUGGCCAUUCUCAAAGGCGAUUAAAACCGAGGUUUUGCCGUGUUUGGUCGCGCAGUGUGUUCUAGCUUCUACUCUCUGUAGAGCGACAAAUCGAUCCCAGCGUAGUCUCUCGAUGUUUGCUUUUUUCUACUCGGGUGAGGUGAUAUCACCGCUGGAAUCCACAAGCAGCCUCUCGCCUUUUCUUCUGCACAAGAAAAUGGUUUAAAACUUCCCUCUGCUCUUCGCGUGUGCGCCGAGAACCACCGGGCCUGUGUUCCGAGAAACGUCUUGCGUGAGCAAGGGCCCCCGCUAUGUGGAAACAAAGCGGCUGAGAAAGGAGUCUAUGUUUGCUCGGCGACACUGCUAAAUUGUGUACCUACGUUCUGCAUGAGCACAUUUCGUGUUCUCAUGGAUGGUCUUCCUCUGAGGGAUGACCCUUUUUUCGGCGAAGAGUUCCCUGCUCGCCAUCCGGACUCCAGUGUACAGCAGGGCUUUGGUCGAUCUUUUUCAGGGAGCUGAGCUCAGUUUUUCUUAAAAAGACAAAGCCGCCGCAUCCGCUGUACUGAGACUGAUUUCUGUUUGUUGCUCCAUUGUUUUUGUCGCUCGCGUAUAUCCCCGUCUAACUCCUGACUCUCAACCGUGGUUCUCGCUGUAGUCUGUUCUGUGGGCGGCCGCUGCUCUUGUGCAAGUGGAGCGUGUGCAAACACUUUCUGCCUGAACGUAAGUCUCGUUACUUUUUUC